CGGGCUUUUCCCGGGCCGUCCCUGGGCUGUCGCUGGGCCACGGACCCUCAGGCGAGCGGAGCAGCCCUCAGUGGCCUCUCCCCCGGCGGGCGGUGCGCCUCAAGCCCCGCCCAUCUUUCUGCGUGGCCUCUCUCCUGCCCUGGGCGGGGCCUGCGCGGGGCCUGCGCGGGGCCGCGGAAGGGACCGGGAGGGACCGGGAGGGACCGGAAGGGACCGGAAGGGACCGGGAGGGGAAGCCCUGGAGGGGCUCGCGCCUAGCCCGGGCCCUUCCGUCCCCGUCUUGCGCCGCCGGUCGCACGGCCCUGGCGUGGUUCGUUUCAGGCAGUGCCUGAUGACGAUGCGGCCCCCGCAUCCCGGCAGCCGCUGAGGGCAGCUCGCGCGGCCGCGAUGGCGUCGGGCUGCCCGGCGGCCUUCGGGGACCCGACCGAAGUGCGCGAGGGCUUCCUGUGCCCACUGUGCCUGAAGGAUCUCCAGGCGUUCCGGCAGCUCCAGGCGCACUACGAGGAGCAGCACUCGGGCGAAGACCGGGACGUCAGGGCGCAGCUCCGAAAUUUAGUCCAGAAGGCCAAAAGAGCAAAGAAGAAAUUGCUGAAACAAGAAGAUGAUGACAGAACUGAUUCUGGAUCUCAGGAACGAUAUGAGUCAUUCAGCUAUGGUGGAGUAGAUCCAUACAUGUGGGAGCCCCAGGAAGUAGGUGCUAUGAGAAGCCAUCUUUCUGAAUUCAAGAAACACCGAGCAGCCAGGAUUGAUCACUAUGUAGUUGAAGUCAAUAAGUUAAUAAUCAGGUUAGAAAAGCUUACAUCAUUUGACAGAGCAAACACUGAGUCAGCUAAAAUAAGAGCUAUAGAGAAGUCUGUUGUGCCUUGGGUCAGUGAUCAGGAUGUUCCAUUUUGCCCAGACUGUGGCAGUAAGUUCAGUAUCCGAAACCGACGUCACCACUGCCGCCUUUGUGGGUCUAUUAUGUGCAAGAAGUGCAUGGAAUUUGUCAGUCUUCCUUUGGCAAGCAAACUCACUAGUGCCAGCAGAGAGGCCUUGGGUUCUCAUACAAGCCCAAACUCCUCACCCAGCAGUGUCCACGGCUCCCGCCGUGGCAGCAUUAGCAGCAUAAGCAGCGUGAGCUCUGUUCUGGAUGAGAAGGAUGAUGAACGAAUACGUUGUUGUCAGCACUGCAAAGACACCCUGUUGAAAAGAGAGCAACAGAUUGAUGAGAAAGAAUACACACCAGAGAUUGUGAAACUCUAUGAGAAACUCCGACUCUGCAUGGAGAAGGUGGACCAGCAGGCACCAGAAUACAUAAGGAUGGCAGAAUCACUAAAUAAGAAGAUUUUGAGUCUAGGCUUGCACGAAGAUCCUCAACCUCAUCCUAAAAUCCUACAACUUCAGCGAAUGAUAAGAUAUUCAGCUACACUUUUUGUUCAGGAAAAACUCCUUGGCCUAAUGUCCCUGCCAACUAAGGAUCAGUAUGAAGAACUGAAGAAGAGAAGACUGAAUAUGGUUGCUCUUGAAGCACAGGGAAAACAAGAGGAAAAGCAGAAGGAAUUUAUCUCCAUAUCUGCAUCUGCAGUUAACGGUGAUGAAACUCACAUCAAAAAAGGAACAGUCAAAAAAUCUGAAGGCUGGUUACCCACAUCUAGCAUUUCGAGAGAGAGCGAGAGAGCAGACCCACUUCUUCAGCAGAUUGACAAUAUCACAUCCUUUAUUAAGCAAGCAAAGGCAGCUAAUAGGAUAGAUGAGGUCCAUACGUUGCAAGAGAACCUGAUGCAGCUUCAGGAUGAAUAUGAUCAACAGCAAACUCUGAAAGCUAUUGAGCUUUCUAAAAAACAGGCAGAAGAGGAGGAGAUACAGAGGGAGGAACUUCAGGUCCUUCGUGAAAAAGAGUGGGAAAGAGAGCACCAUAAAUUCAUGUCUCAGCAUUCAAGGACACGCUCCUUAGACUUCAGAGAAGUCAAACAGCAUUUGGAUGUUACUUGGAUCAAAGGGGACACGAGUUUUGAAACUCCUGUUGAGCAGCUGCCAGCAAAAGAGCACUCGACUUCCACACUCAAACCCCAGAAUGUCCCACAGUGUGACAAAGACCGUGAUCAGCCAGCCUGUCUAAACCCCUUUGAGGAUGAAGCGGAUACCCCUCAAGUAGAAGAAGAUCCUGCUAAUCCAUUUGCCAAAGACACCUCUCCAGUGGUUUCUUUCUCUAACACAGCUCAGCAAAGUGAUAAAAAAGAAUAUAAUCCAUUUGAAAGUGAGGAGGAGGAUGAACAAAGUAAUGGAGCACCUGGCAGUACUUCAAACCCCUUUGAAGAGGAUGAAAAUCCAUUUGAAAAGCCUGGGGGCAGUUGGAAUUCAGGGAAUCCAUUUGAAGAGGGAUCCUCUAUCAAUCCCUUUGAAGUGGAGGAUGGCAGUGAGAUCUCUGGAGAGGAGGCUAUAGAAGAAGAGCUGCUUCUCCAACAGAUAGAUAAUAUUAAAGCUUAUAUAUUUGAUGCCAAACAUAGUGGACGACUGGAUGAGGUGGAGGUACUGACAGAGAACUUAAAGGAACUGAAACACACCUUAGCAAAGCAGAAGGAGAAAUCUAACUGCUGAAGCAGCAAUAGGGUUGUGUAAUAAUUCAGUCUGUUGUUAAAUAUGGGAAAGUAAAGCAGAUACUUCCAGACAGGAGUACAGGUCACAAGAGGGAAUUGGGAGAAUCCUGACUUUAAAGCACUUUCAUUUAGACAUAGCCACUACUAUGCAGUCUUGAAGAAAGAAUUACUGAGGAAUGCUGCUGGUCUCAAAAGCUUAGAGUAAGAAAUUUUAAAAUAACUUUUUACAGCACUUUUUAAUGCUAACUGGUCUUACUGAAUGCUUAUUUUGGUCCAGGGGUUAAGUGGUAAUAGGGAACUAUGAUAUGGAAGUGGUUGGAAUAUUGGUUUGCCCUCUUUUCUGCUUUCUGCUGUAGUGUUGGCCUUUCACGUGUGGCUUUGACUAAAAAGAGAUGAAAACUUUUCUAAAACUUCAUCUUCUCCUGACCCAGGAUAGUUGAACUGCUAAUAAUGUUCUUGCAAUGUGCUGUUAUAGAGCUACUGUGAUGCUCUGAGUGCUGAAUGUACAGACUCACAGAUCAAGUUUAUGCAGUGCUAAUAAAUACAUAAAAGGGAUCUUAAGACUGAGAAAAACUAUCUAACUGAUCUUAGUAUGAGUAACUUUUUAGUAUCUGUAUAAAGAUUCCCAAGUAAAAUUUGGAUGCUUCUUUUCAUCACUUCUGGUUUCCCAUUUGCUCUGAGCAAAAACGAUGGUGUUGUAGCAUCAUGCUGGCUCAGACCUGCUCAUGAGGGAGCAAGCAUUUGCUUAUUUCCAGGGAAAGGAGCAUCAGGCCAGCAACACUUCUAUCUGUAAUAUAAAGGCUGAACCUCCAAUUGCUCAUUACAUUAUGGAAUCUACACAUUCCUUUAAAUCCUCUGGGUGACAGAAUGAUCAUGUUUGUUAUAUUUGUGAGAGUGGAAUAUUUUGUAGCACCCAAGCAACAAAUUUCUUUAUAAUGGAAAGCUGAGAUGCCACUGAAUUUUGUGAAAGCUGGGAGACAUAGUCUGGCUGCAAUAGUGCCAAAUGGCAAUUCUCUCUCAUGUUAGAUUCCCCUGUUUUUAUGAGAAUCAGGCAUACCUAUUUUAAAUAAGGAACUUCAGAUUGAAGACCUAUUGUGAUCCUGUGACCUGAGGGAUGAUCUGGUGACAGCCAGUACCUGUGAUGCAGUAAGGCCUACAGCUGGGCAAAGGCAGGGUUUUUGAGAAAGAUGGAAUCUAACUGCUUUGAUUUUUAUCUUUGAGAGGCACAGACCCAUCAGCAGGAAUCACUGUUUGCAGGAGUGGUGGUGGUGAGUUAAUCUCAAAGGGUUUAUUUAGAACCGAAAUAGAGGAAAAUCAGGCAGAUCACACUGUAUAGCACUAACAGUAGUGGGCUUACUCAGAAGCGUGACGUUCUGUGGAAUGGGGCAUAUCUUUUAAUUAUGUCUCUGAUACUGGCAUAGCUGUAACCCCAACACUGCUUAAGAUUUUAGAGACAAGUAACUCUGUUACCUAAAGAGCAGGAACUCUGGUUCCUAGCUGUGAGUAAAUGGAGGUAGGGACUUGUGGAACUGUUGUUUAAAAAGACCAAACCACCUAUAUCCUCACUUAAUACAACUAGCAAGGGGUUGAAGUAACUCAGACCAGCCAGUCAAGGAUACCUGAUGGUCUGUCUGGUGUAGCCUAAUUUUGAGUUUGAAAGGUGUGUAGCAGAGGUUCACUUAAGACCAUGAAGUUCUUAUACUGAUGUUUUAUUAGAGCUGAUUUAGUCCCCAAGUUUUAUUUUGCACCAAGUAGAAGAACACAGGAUUCUUAAAGCUCUUGACAGAACAUAGGUGCUUAGCACCAGAUUCUUGAAGGCAGCUAAAAUUGCUGAUAGCUAAACCAAAUCCCUGGAAUUAUCUAAUAGAUAGUAUAAGGCACUUAUUUAGGACGGACUUGGUUGCUAGUCAGGAGGAUUGCAUCCUGCACUAUAACUUAAUGCUUUUUUAGGUAUCAACAUGAAAAACUGUUUCAGUGGCUUCAGCUUUCUCAGUAAAAAGUGGUUUUAUCCUGGUUGCAACUAUCCUGCCUUGUUUAUAUUUUCUGGCUAAUACACUAAUAACUGAAGUAUUCUUAUUGUAUAUGUAAUACAUUAUUUUUAAAAGCAGGUAACAGACUAGGAUACCUCAUGCUUUUUGUCAGUGUUAACUGUGAUAGACUAGACACCUAAUAAGAAAAUCGUCUCUAAUGUGAAGACCUUUGCUCGUACAGGGACUGCUGUGAGGCUUGCAAGGCACAAGGGAAUGAAGAUGUCUUAAGCAUAAAGCUCAAUAACUAGUUAGCAUCGACUUUUGUUACAACUGCAUGCACUACUCCGUAUGAAAACUUUGUAAAAAGAGAUUAAAUAAAACAACAUGUUUAUUUUGUGU